CCGCAAUAUGCUAACUCUCUUUCUCGUGUUUUAUCAAUAAAAUGCUUCAUCAAUUAUUCACAGAGGUGAAGAUCAAUUGAUCACACACACUUGGUAAUAUUGUGAUGCAUGAUGUAUUUUUUCUUCAUUCUUUCAGUAUUCAAAUGGAUAUUAAGAUUUGUUUCCAAAUAAGGAAGUUGGCAGUCGCCAUAACGUGAUUUUCAAUAUCUAAUGAAGGCAUUCAAAACGGAGUGUAUAGAUACAUGUACAUAUAACAACUGUGAUUGAUUGGGGGACGUCUUGCGAACAAUCAUUUGACUAAAUAGCUAAUGCCGAAAGCAAUAAGAAAACAAAAACCAUUCCUUAUCCAGUGAUUGGCUCAUUGGUCACAAAGUAACACACACAUAAUUAUGAUGACAAGCUCAGUGUGUCGGAAAUUAUCUGUUUUGCACAACGUCCGUGUCAAACAUCGAACUGCCUUAAGCGCACGUGAGAAAUCAGUGGACAGAAAUGGCAUAGCGGACACGGUUAGAACGCACCAGAAAUACGUGGUGGAUGGCUCCACACAUCUCAGCUCGUCUCACGUAGACCGGAAAAGGCUCCAUAUACAAGGGUUGGAAUGGAGUAGAAUAAAAGGCCCCGUUGUCCGUAUACAAAUUCUCUGGAAGAAGAUUAUCCUGCUGAGCGACUCGUUGCUGUUGCGGGGCUUGCUUGACAACGAAAGCGAUGGUGGCCGCACGUGCAACCACAGGCCGCGCACAACAUGCGGUGACGUAAUCACGCACAGCAUCGCCUUCUCCACAAACUUCCAGUUUUCCAGAGUGCAAAAGUUAAAACUUUUAGAAAUAUCAAAUUCGACGGAGAACAAAGCGGUUCAAGCAUCAUCUGCUGAUCUGGCCAUUUAUAGCUUGACUAACGUGUUAUCGUCAUGCGCUGGACGCGACGUCAACCCGACAAAUGCAUUCCUUGGCGAAUACCUGCAAAAUAUGUUAUCCAUACAGUUGAUCGGAGUGACGCUGCCUCCCGAGGAUCCGGACCACGACGUGCUCUGGGAAUUUAUUGACCACCUGUACGCACUCAUUGAUCCGGCCGUGGACGCCGCACUCCGCACAUUCCCCUUCCUUCGCCUACUUCCGGGUUACUAUGGCGAUCUAUACCGGCAGACGAUCGCCGCCCGCGACCGCGUUGCCAAACGAUUCUUUGAGGAUCAGAAGGCAAGUUACCGGCCCGGGGUCGUUCGGGGUUUGGUGGACGUGUGUCUUAUAAACCAGCAGGCAGAGAUAACCAGGACCGGGACCUCCUGGCUAACGGAUGAACACAUCAAGGGCCUUAUAUACGACACGCUAGCCGCAGGCAUGACGGAGCUGCUCAAGUCGCUUCGACUCUUCCUGUUACUCAUGUGCCAUCAUCCGGAAGUUCAAGCUCGCAUCCAAACGGAGGUCGACACUGUUAUAGGUUCCGAUCGUUUUCCGAAAGCCGGUGACCGGAUGUGGAUGCCGUAUACGGAAGCGGUGAUGCUAGAGGUGUGGCGGUAUGGCUCUCAGACCCCCCUGGCCAUCCCCCACCUCUGUCGAAAGGACGUCGUUUUGGAGGAAUACCUCAUAGAGGCCGGGACUGUGAUUUUCCCGAACUUGUACGCAGUGCAUCACGAUGAGGCGGUCUGGGGUGAUCCUUGGAACUUCCGGCCCGAACGCUUCCUCGACGCCAAGGGAAAUCUUCUCCCCACUGAACAUGUCUUCAUGCUAAAUGUAAUACCGUUCGGUGUUGGAAAGCGAGCGUGCCCAGGUCAAGAUUUUGCCAGGUCGAGAAUUUUCAUCACCGUUGCCGCUCUAAUUCAGCGCAUGCGCAUCGAACCUCCGGAAAACAGCGAACUGCCAUCACCAGAUCCAAGGCUAUAUACAAAGAAUUAUCCCAUGAAUGAACCUCAGUUUCAAUGUCGAUUUCUAGCUCGUGGAGAUGUAUUUGUUUGACCGAAAUAGUUGGUCACCGGUUAAUAAUGACUAUAUAUUCUUCAUAUGUGGAUACCUCUACUAGUCUACGUAUAAGUAUGAGUUUGGCCUGCUACCAAACGCUGUGUCGAGUCACUUUUGUAUGGUUUCAGAAACAGGAGCGAAUGGAUAAGUUGCCCCAAAAAACAACACAUACAAUUUUUAAGUGACAAGUAUACAUGUGACGUCGGGUUGGGUUCCCUCGUGGUAAUCAAGGGUAAUUGUUGGUCUAAAUUGUUUCAGUCGGAUAUGUUCUAAAGAAAGGUACGAAAUUGACAUACCUGGUUCAAGCAAAGGACGUGAAUGUAGACGUUUUGGAAGUAGUGAUUAUCAGGGUUAUAGUAUCUUUUUUAUACUGAUUGGUCGCUCUUUAUAGUCAUGACAUCACCAGAAACAAAAUACAAUUCACAUUGUACGGUUUUUUAAUUUGCUUUUAUGAAUUUUUCGCACAGUAAACCUAGAAUGCAUAUUUAUCAUUGCAGUAAUUAAAACGUAUUUUGUGAAAAAUAUGCUGUAUAUCAAAAUUAACAUUGAGGCCAGAAAUAGCUGCCGAAUGUGCUGAAUUUCAAAGAGCAUCAAUUUUAUACUCGAGUUCAUGAGUUUAGCCUUUAAUGGAUAUACAAAAAUGUAUAGUUUCUGAACAAAAGAUCUGCGACAAGGCAUUUGCUUAACGAUAUUUCAAAAGAAAUAUUUAUCAGUUACAAGUCUUGAUAAAUUAAUGGAAAACAUAUACUAUUACAAACUUGAAAUUGUACAUUAUAUGAUAAUCAUUAUGCAAUUACAGCCCAAAAACAUUUGAUAUGGUAUCAAAUGUCACAAAAUUACGUUAUUUCCACUCCGAUUUUCUAGAAAAAUAUAUAUAACAAACAUUUCAUCAAGUUUCAAGUUUCAAGUUUUAUUUUCAUCAUGGCAUAUAUAUAUGCAUGUGAUAUCACAAAACAAUGAUACACAUAUUAAUUAACAUCAAAUAAACUCACCAACUAUGACGUUUCAACUGAGGAAGUGCAUUGUAAGCAACAAAAUGAGCAUGUGCAAUAUGGACUGUAAACAGCCGCAUUAUAAUAUAUGAUGUUGCUACAAAAAGUCUUUUGUUAUCCACAAAUACCUCUCUUUGAUGUUUUACCCGAGCCAUUUGUAACAACUAUUAAUAAACGGGUGUUGAUCUCCAAAGAGUCAUUGUACUGAAUAAUGCCAAAUUUUGAGUUUCUGCGUACCGUGAUACACCCGCUUGAGUCUCGACUAUUCCUUAUAAACCGUGAAUACCGCAUACCAAAAAGGGUUUGUUAAAGCCUGAUUUAUUGUCCUGUUGGUCCGGAUGAUUUAAAUGACAAGGCAUGUGUAUUGUAGUUUGCGUUACCUAUUACAAGAUGGUUACGUAAGAGAGCGGCGGUCAGUGGGUCGAGUCACAGACCAGUAUAUGCAGCGCAUUCUAAAAUGUUGUACUAUGAGACCCAACUUGUUUUUUUAUGAGAUGAUACAAGUAAUUUCUCAAUUCAUAUACAAUAGAAAGUGAAUUGUAUUGCUUCUUCUUUAAAUAUACGUAUGAAAGCCGGUUUCCCAAGGGUUUAUUUAGAAUAACAUGAAUUCUUUUUCUGAAGUACAUAUAUUUAGUUUUAAUGCUUUCCGAUACAUUUUGAGAACUAAACUUUGAGUUAUUUUUUCUUUGAAAAUAUAUCAACGAUGAUAAAACAACUACAAGAAUGUACAAUAGCGCCUGAAGCAAAAUAUGGUGAACUCUCACUGAACUAGUAAAGAGGAAUACAUGUGUUAAAAUAUUGGGUUAGUUUCUCACAUCAAGGGGACGAUAUACUAACCAAUAGUGACAUUGGCCCUAUCUUUGAAAGCAACCCUACAAACUCAAAACUUCAUACAGCCAGACAGUCCCACUGGUUGAAGCAUGAUCUCUCGCAAUUAUGAAAUAGCUCAAGCCCAUUUUUAAAACCUAAUCAGUGAACAAGAACUCAACAUAAACGUAUGUUUCCAUUUGGCUGAGGCCAGGGUUGUAAAUUAUUUUUUUGAGAGAAAAGAUAUGAAAAUAUUUCUUCGCCUAUAAAAUACUAUGCUAUUUUCUGUUUCAAUAGGUGUGAAAUAUUUUAGAUUAGCUUGUAUUUUAAUGAUGCAAUCCUUUGCCAAAAUUUCCACUUGACGGAAUUGUUAACGAUACAAUGCUGUGUACGCCGUGAUUCUUUGUUUUCUAUGCAUAGUAAUGGUAAAUAUUUAAGAAGUCAGACAUGCGUUAAAAAGUUAGUUUUGUUCAUUACUUUUAUAAAACGACUUGUUUGUUAAGUUUCUGUUAUUUUUUUCAAUGAAUAUCGAUUUUAACGUGAAAUGUAUAUAUGCUGUUGUUAAUGUAAAUUCUUCUCAGAUAAAUAAAGCAUACUAUAGUUAAUCCA